GCGGGGCGGCCGCCGAGCCCCUCGCGGCGGGAAGUGGAGCCGCAGUGGCGCAGCCGGGCGCAUCGGGAGGCGGAUCCGAUGCGGCACAGUCCCUCGCGGCGGGACGCGGAGCCGCCGUGGCGCAGUCCAUCGCGGCAGGACACGGGGCCGCCGCUGCGCAGCCGAUCGCGGCGCGGGGCGGAGCCGCCCUGGUACAGCCCAUCGCGGGGGGGGGCGGAGCGACGCAGGCGCAGCCCGUCGCUGCGGGAGGCGGAGCCGCCGUGGUACAGCUCAACUCCUCAGCGGGAGGCGCAGCGGCCGCGGCGCAGCCGGUCGCGGCGAGGAGCAACGCCGCUGCGGCGCAGCCGAUCGCCGCGGGAGAUGGAGCCGCCGUGGUACUGCCCGUCGGGGCGGGAGGCGGAGCCGCCGCGGCGGGGCAGCCCGCCGCGGAGGGGGGCGGCGCGCAGGACGCCGCCGCCGCACCGCGCGCGGCGGAGCAGGUCGAGGGCCCGGGACAGGAUCGGCCCGCGGCGAGGCCCGCGAAGCGGGCGCCCAAGGGCAGGGGCGACCGGGACGAGCCCGGCGGAGCUGCGCGGGAGGCGCUGCCGCCACCGCCGCCGCCGCCGCCGCGGCCAGCGGCG